AUGAACGAAGUCGACUCCGUCCCUGUCUACAACUUUAAUGUUGAUAACGGGUACCUCGAGGGUCUCGUCCGGGGGCUUAAAGGAGGUCUUCUGAAGCAAUCAGAUUAUUUAGUCCUCAUUCAAUGUGAAAACCUAGAAGGUAAUACCUAGAUCUUGUCAAUCUAUUUGCAGAUCUGAAGUUGCAUCUUCAAGACACUGAUUAUGGAAACUUUUUGGCUAAUGAACCGGGACCCUUGACGGUUGGAAUAAUCGAGAGUAAAAUGCGUGAAAAGCUUGUUAGCGAGUUUCGCUAUAUGCGUAACCAGGCUUUCCAGCCACUAGCGCUCUUCCUCGACUACAUAACGUAAUUUUUGUCUGCCUCUUUUCAUAGUGUUCUUCAACAGAUAUAGCUAUAUGAUAGACAACAUUGUCCUCCUUAUCACUGGAACAUUGCACGAACGGCCUAUUUCGGAGCUCAUCACCAAAUGCCAUCCACUAGGAACGUUCAUGCAAAUGGAGACGCUGCAUAUUGCAUCGACGCCCGCGGAACUGUACACCGCUGUACUAGUCGAUACACCGUUAGGUAAUGCAAAGUUCCCCGCCUAAUCCUUCUCUUAGCACCCUACUUUAUUGAUUGCAUCUCGAAGCACGAUUUAGACGAGCUUAAUAUCGAAAUUAUCCGGAACACAUUGUACCGCGCCUACCUGGAAGAUUUCUAUGCCUUGUGUAAAUCACUAGGCGGAGCUACAGCCGAGUUGAUGUGCCAGUUGUUAGCCUUUGAGGCUGACCGCCGGGCAUUUAUAAUUACAAUCAACUCUUUUGGCACUGAAUUGUCUAAGGAAGAUCGGGUUAAAUUAUACCCACGCUGCGGUCGCCUCCAUCCUUACGGCCUUGCUGCCCUUGCAAAGGCUGAUGAUUACGACCAAGUUCGAAAUGUUGCGGAUUACUAUCGGGUGAGCGAACUAGUAUCCUUCAAUUUGCCACAAUCUUAUUACUUUUUGAUCUGGCAUUUUUCUGGCCGGCGUUGGGCAACAUUAUUUUUACCACCUCAAAUGGCCAGUGGUUCUAGAUACCAGUUGUAAAAACUCUAUGCUUUGUGAACUCACAGAUUCUGGUAAGUUCAACCAACGAAGACGAGAAUGGCACGUAAGCUUCAGCCAUCGUUAACUUAAGUUCCGGCCAGUGACCGUCCAUCUAAAGUGACAUGUUAUCGACUUUCUCCCCUUAAAACUCCGAGUCCCAUAGGUUCCAUACGGUGCCACCCACUCCCACCCUUUACGGUGUCUUGUCGCCUGCAAGCACCGCAAAAAUAAUACACUUAUUCCAGUACAGUUCUCUAGACAUGUACCAAAAUUGUAGGAGCAUAGUGCCGACUAGAGUCUUUCUUUUCGUAACACGGUUGACCAUAUCUUCGAAAUUAAUGGUGCUGAAAGCUUCAUCUGGCCAACAACUGCUUUAACCGUGAACUUUUCGAGUUGGAGCUCUUUUUCCCUGAAUUUAUCAGUCGGAGCGAUUAUAUUUCUCCAGCUUACCAAAUCCCAACAACAUGUAGGUGGGAUGAGCGUCCAUUUGAAGUGAAGCGCGGUUCUCGAUUUUACUGGUGUGCGACUGAGGAGUCAUCAUUACGAUCUGUCAUGCAAAGUAACCGUCCCCCGAAAUCAUAUCGUUCCCCCCCCCCCACCCAUAUGAAUUUAAGGGUGAAUCUAGAAAACCGAAUAAAUGAAAACCCAAAAAGAGGGUCGGUCGUCGGAACAGUCAUUAUACUUGCCUGUGAAAAUGAAAAGCAAUAAAAGUUAUGCAACUUUUUGCAGCGCCACCGCUCGUCAGCCGCAAGCGCACCAGAAGCGAGCUUGUGCUAUCUGGCGGUAGCCAAAAAGAGGGACUUUCGUUACUGCACCCUUGCAACCUCGGAUGAUGAUCACCUGCACCUGAUCACCUGAGUUCGCUCAAAUAUUUUGACUGUUGCGGCCGAUGUCUCAUGUUAUUUUGAGUAAGCUACACGCUUGUGAUCGUGGCACUUCUUUUCUUCCAGUUCACCCCCAGCCGGGUCGUUGAUUUUUAAAGAAUGGACCGUCAAAACUUGCCACGCUCCGCCUAUUAUCAUCAUCAUAAUUUUGGAUUAGAAAUUGAUUAAGUCCCAGAAUUUCACUUAUCGCCUAUCUUCGCCCUUUCUCUCCAUUUUUCUCGUGUCAUUCCCCUUUGGCUGCGCCAUGUAGAGUGAGUUUGUUAGGAGAUUCCAUCAGUUCUGAAUAGUAGUGUAUAUGGUGAGUUCAUAUUCCAUACCGACUGUCAGUGGAGGAUAUAAGCGAAGAUCUCUCGGAAUAGGCCCCUGGUUACGUUUGCAUUGAUAGGCUUUUUUAACUUAUAAUCUGUUCCCAGGAGUACAAAGCGCUGUUCGACGGUUCUGGUGACGCUCUUGGGGACAAGACGCUGGAAGACAAAUUCUUCGAAUACGAGGUAGUGUCCAAUAUUCUACACCUUACCGGUAUAUCUUUAUACUGCACCCUAGCGACUUCUGCGUUUCGAGUUUAGUCCUUUCUCUGCACAUUUUCUGGCUUUACGAGUUCUCUAUUUUCCUUGUUCCGACCGUCUCAGUCAUUCUUUCUGUCGUAGACCUUUCCCACACUUGUGGACUUUAGAGAGAAGUUCAUUUUCGUAGUCACUUAGUGGAGGUCGGCGGAUGUUUUCUACUCAAUUUCCUCACCGUCUUUGCUCCACCGACUCCUUUCGGUCCCCCAAAGCGUCUACUAACGAACACAGCCGGUUAUUUCAGCGUUACGAUUCGUCGAAUUUUGACUGUGCAGUCUUAGUGCAUACAUGCAUACGUCCCGUAACGUCACAUACACGAUCCACAAUGGUCGUAGCAUUAGUGUUUCCAAAUUUGAUAUUGGUUUUCAGUGGAAAGAACAAAUUGUUUGGCACCAUUCAUGUCAUCUGGCUGACUUUCCUGUUCGGAAUUUUUGCGUCCAGGGACCCGACAUUUAACUGCUUGUUCACUGUCUCUGCCGGAUUAUUAUGCUGACUGGCUAAGGUGCUAAGGUCUCCCAAUCAUUGUCCUAACGUAGCCUCAACUAUAAAUCAAUCGCGAAACCGCCAACUAGCGUCAUUUUACACGCGAGGAAUACUGCCUCGUUAUCAUGACAGUUCGAUCAUCGUUACCGACGAUGUCCACGCGUCCUCCGACAAGGGUAGAGGCUCAGUGCGUAAAUUCCCUGUCCAAACGCCCAAAAAAGCUGCCCUUGCUGGUGUUCCCGAAGGCUGGGGUGCACGCGCUCGUGCAAUUCUAGUGCGGUUCUUAAGUCAAUUGCGAUAGUCUUUUCGUCUUAAAUCUGAAAUCUGUCCCCAAAACACAUCCCAGCUUAAAAAUAGACUGUGUUAAGGCUUUCCGGAAGCAAUAUCUUGCUUUCUCGCUGUCAUUGGCGUUCAUUAUACUUCUCUCUUGCUUCAGAGAAUUAUACCCGAGGGUUCACUCAGACAGCGCCUCGGCGCCGAAUUAAAAUGCUCUUGCUAAUAAAGUGCUUGUCCUAGGCAACCAUUCCAGAUGCAUGCAAGCACCGCGCAGCGCCACUUGCCCUACCAAGCUGCGAUAUGCUUCAUAAGGACUAGAAUUAUCCCGUUUUUUUAUAAUAGUUGAUAGUGUCUUACAGCUAAACCAGAGACUGUGUACCUAGCUUGUACGCUUUAUCGAUGACCGAUGAGAUGACUGACCGACAAGGCGUUCGGAUGAUGGCGAAGAGCCAGACACACAAUGCACAAUUUCGACUAGUAUCGUCACCCGUGAAUGCUCGAGACGCGUACACUAACUGCCCAGCUGCUGGUAUUUAGUGUAGAAUAGCAUUGCCGACAAAGGCAGGGCAGACUGGGGUGGCCAUUUCUGGCUUAUUAGUCGUCGCCAGCCAGUCAUACCCAAUUCCGAGGCGUUGAACACCUUGGGCUCUCUUCCGCGACCUGUUGGCUAGAAGUUUAACGCCCCUAGUCACUGAGCCACGAAUCUCGUUGUCCUCUCGCCUGCGCUCGGGUAUCUAAUGCAUGUACUAGACUUCAUUGGUAAUGAGAAAUGGAGUUGUAACAUGCUGCACUCACAGCUGUCUAGGUUGAUAGUCGAGCAUAUAGUUCCUAUGUCAUUCGCUAGAUGGUUUGCGUAUCACUAAUUAUACCACGCUAGGCCGUUUUCUGAAGCCGGCCCAGCAGGGGAGAGUGGAUGUCCAGGCUGCCUAAGUGACCAGGCGAUCGGCCGCCCGGCCAACGUAGUUAUGAUCAAAUUGCGGCAAUCAUGCAUCAACUGUCCGUCUGUGGCUUCCGUCACCAGUCUUUUAUUUUUACCUGUUAUGCUAAUUGUGUAUGUUUAUUGGCAGAAACCAGACAGACUUUAGUUACUGUUUUGGUUCAUUUUCCGUUGCUGGCCAGCCGCACUCGAACCCACAUGGCCUUAAGGUCGGGCUGUGGUCGGUGCUUUUGCCGGGUGAGCGGCGCUCAUUGGCAUGACCUGGUUGUAGAGCAGAAUAAUGGUAUCGUCUGCCAGGAAACAGCUCUUUAAAGUACUAUCCCGCAACCUGCGCUCCUGACACCAACCGCGCGCCUUCGAAAACGGUCUUCAAAGGUAUGGCGAAUAAAUUCUGAACUGAGAGUUUGGCCUGCCCUGUCAACAAAUGCGGGUAACCGAGGCCCCCAGAAGCAUUGCAGUCGACCCGAAUAGUCUUUCUCGCCUGCUAACUGCCGUUUCUUGCGGUAGUCUGUUAUUCAUCUUGAACUGUUCUGAGCUCAGUGUUUUCUCCUUCAGGUCCAACUGAACUUGGAAUCCUUCAUGCAGCAAUUCCAUUUUGGCAUGUUUUACUCUUAUAUCAAACUGAAGGAACAGGAGAUGCGCAACAUUGUCUGGAUCGCCGAGUGCGUUUCACAAAGGCACCGGGCCAAAAUUGACUCCUACAUUCCGAUCCUCUAA